AUGUGGGAACCAAAUCAAGCUCCGCAGCCCGAUGGCGGAGGGCCUGAAGCUGCCGUUCCACCUGCCUCUGAGGCCAUGCUUCCCACACUCCUCGAACAGCUAGAGGGACAAAUCCCUAGCAUGGAAUGUGAUCGUUUCGAAAAAGAGAUGAUGCGACUUGGUCUCCUGGCGGGUCACAUCGAAUAUCGACAUGUUGAAAAGCUUCACGUAUUUGUGCGAAACAUAUCAAAGCUCCCUCCUUUUGCCCUCGAUAUUGGGCUAAAACAAAUUUGCCAGCACCACCCAUAUUUCCGCAAUGUUAACGAUGCAGAGUCUGGAGAGCAGGCUCACGAGUCUGAAGAACAGUCCCAGAACCGGGAGACGGACUAUUUUGAGCGGUUGAUGUAUGAUUUUGCCACUGCAAUGGAUAUUCAACAUGGGCUCGAAACCCUCUCCAAGGAGGAACUGCCAGACCUUCUCUACUUUUGGUUCCGAGACAAGGUAGAAGGAGAACAAGAUGAUGGAGACGCGUAUCAUCAGUACGACACUAUGUGA